UCUUUUUUUUUUUUCUUUUCGCUUCGUUGCAACUCCCCGGUCAUUCACUACAGCAGCAUCAUGCGUGGCUCUCCCAGUUCUGGCGCAAAGCCAGAGAAGACCAUGUCUUCGCGUCUGCUGACGAUGAAGUUCAUGCAACGCGCUGCCGCUACGAAUGCCGCCAAAGAGCCCUCCCAGCCCGCCUCCGCCGAAGAAUCCAAGAUCGCCACCCCCAAGCGACAGAGACUCUCCACCGGACCCGGCGAAAGUCCCAUUGGCACCCCCCAGUCCGACCUGGAUGCGAUCUCGGCUGCCCUGGCGGAGGAGGAAGAGAAGCGCAGGGAAGCUCUGUCCCGCCAGGCCCUGGACUCGGGGGACACAGAGUGGGUGCUCGACUACGCUGCCAGCCCGGUCGAGUAUGCGCCGCCGCCGUUUGUCGUGGCGGACGAGUCGCUCGACGCCGACGACGACGACCUGGCCGGCGGGGGUCGACAGGCCUAUGGGAAUUUCAAGCGGAAGAAGAAGACUGCAACUGGAGAAGAAGUAAACGAAGAAGACAUCGAAACUAAAAAAGAAAGCAAGACAUCGCGGGUUAAAGUAUCGCAACUCACAAGCAUCUCAGGCGGCCGACAAUCGACCAUGGGGGGUGAAGACAAAAAACAAAAGAAGCGCAAACAUAAAUAGAUACUUUUUUUCUCAUUUCUCAUCGCAGCCUUCACAUCUUCUUGCUCACGCUGCCUC